AGAGAGAGAGAGAGAGAGAGAUGUAAUAAACAAUUUGGUAUCAAAGGGAAGUUGAAAGAAUUGUCUAAUAUAGUUAGCAAUCCCAUUUUGGAAGCCUGGUUGACUGUACAGUUACAGAGAUUCCUCAGAUCUACAGUGAAUGCCCAUUAGCUCUUCCAAGCCUCAAUACUCCAUUCUUCUUUUCAAUCACAAACAAGAAAAAACGUCUGCCUUCAGCAUUGGAUUUUCUCCAAGUGUUCUCUAAGGCUAUCUUCCCGUUAUGAAGUGCUGCUCAAGAUAUAUUUUGAGAUAGUUGAUGCAUAUUCUGAAUCACUAAACAAUUGUGUGGUAGCAUCAGGAUGUUCAUCUAUGUUUUAGUCACAUGAAUUGGAUGUAAUUUUAAGUGAUUUUCAUGGUUCCCGAGAUGGAGAGUGAUCAUUUUGAAGAAAUGGAUAUCGAAGGCCUGUCUUCGAUGUGGCCUGAAGAUAUUGGAACUGAUACUGGAAAGCAAUUCAAUGUAGAAAAGCCCAAAGGGGAUCAAGAUAUGUUGGAGGAGGUUACAAUAGUGGAGGAGCCAACAAUUGUUGACUUCAAGCGUCUUUUAGAGCUAACAAAUUAUACGGACAAGGGCUCUUCUCAGUUGGCCUAUCUUGUAAAACACUGGGAAUAUAAGCAGGCAAAUGCUGUACGCCUUCUCAGAGAAGAACUCGACAUCCUAAGCAAGCAAAGGGAGGAAGCUGAGCUAAGAAAAUUGGAGAUAUUGGAGGAGCACCAGUUUGAGGAAGAAAGAUACGGCUGUGACAAACGUCCAAUUUCUAUACUGGAUGAAAUUUAUGAUAUAUGGCCAGAUGUUCCUAGGAGAAAAAAUGAUGUUGUUGUCCAAAAUAAGAGAGUUGAAGUCGAGGCUGAGUAUGAUACUGUUGUAUACUGGAAACAGCGCGCCAUGCAUUUAGAGAAAUUGUUGGAGGCAAGCAUUCAGAGAGAGCAAAUACUAAAGGAGAAGCUACAAGAAAGCAUACUGAGUCUUGAAAGGCAGUCCUCACCAGUGGAAGAAUUGUCGCAGAUUUUGAAACGAGCAGAUAAUUUCUUACAUUUUGUACUUCAGAAUGCACCCGUUGUUAUUGGCCAUCAGGAUAAAGAGUUGCGCUAUCGCUUUAUUUAUAAUCACUUUCCAAGUUUGCAUGAGGAGGACAUUAUAGGAAGAACAGAUGUUGAAAUCUUUACUGGAUCUGGUGUUAAAGAAUCUCAAGAGUUCAAAAGAGAAGUAUUGGAAAAAGGGUUACCAGCAAAGAGGGAAAUUACAUUUGAAACAGAAUUAUUUGGAGCAAAGACAUUUCUGAUAUACGUAGAACCUGUCUUUAGCAAGGCAGGGGAGACAAUUGGUAUAAACUAUAUGGGAAUGGAUGUAACUGAUCAGGUGAGAAAACGAGAGAGGAUGGCAAGGAUUAGAGAGGAGCUAGCAGUACAAAAGGCCAAGGAAUCAGAACUGAACAAAACAAUUCAUAUAACAGAGGAGACAAUGCGUGCAAAGCAAAUGCUAGCUACAAUGUCUCAUGAGAUAAGAUCUCCUCUAACUGGUGUGGUUAGCAUGGCUGAGAUUCUUUCCACGUCAAAACUUGAUCGAGAUCAACGAGAACUGUUGGGUGUCAUGAUGUCUUCUGGAGAUUUGGUCCUUCAACUUAUAAAUGACAUCCUUGACCUUUCCAAGGUUGAGUCAGGUGUUAUGAAGUUGGAAGCUACAAAAUUUAGGCCUAGACAGGUAGUGAAGCAUGUGCUUCAGACUGCUGCAGCAUCAUUGCAGAAGAUUUUGACCUUGGAAGGACAUGUUGCAGAUGAUGUUCCUGUAGAGGUUAUUGGGGAUGUUCUAAGGAUUCGACAAAUUCUCACAAACUUAAUCAGCAAUGCUAUCAAGUUUACUCAUGAAGGAAAGGUUGGGAUAAACCUUUAUGUGGUACCAGAUCCAUCUUCUAGAAAUGGAGAAGGAUGUAAUCAAAACUCAACUGCAGAUGAUCCAACAGUUUCAGCAAAUAGACCAAAAGAAAAGAAAAACUUGCCAACAUUUCAAAGUAGGUUUGAUUGGAAAGGUACUCAUGAUCGAAGACACGGUGAAGGUCAUCAUCCAUUAAAUGAAGAACCUGGAACCCCAGUUAAGAGUAAGGACUCAGUGGAUGGAGAUAAUGAGAAGCAAUCUCAUUCUCCUGAAAUGACAGUGUGGAUACGCUGUGAUGUAUAUGACACAGGAAUUGGAAUACCAGAAAAAGCUUUACCUACACUUUUCAAGAAGUACAUGCAAGUAAGUGCGGAUCAUGCUCGAAAGUAUGGUGGGACUGGAUUAGGACUAGCAAUCUGCAAACAAUUGGUUGAGCUGAUGGGAGGUUGUCUCACUGUGUCUAGCCAAGAACACUGUGGGUCUACAUUUACGUUUGUAUUACCUUACAAGGUUUCAACCACAUCUGAUGAUUCUGAUGAUCCUGAUGAGCUCUCUGAUAUGGCUGAUCAUGAUGCGAUGACUGAUGAUUCAACUGAGAGCUUUUUCCAAUUUCAGCCUCGCACUUUAGGUUCACUAUUCUCUUCAAAUGGGUCCAGCAGGACCCAAAAGUUUCUACCACAUAGUAUGGGGUAUCCUAGGCCAAAUAAACUCAAUGGGUGCUCAGAGAAUUUUUAUGCAUUUCCCUCCAUUAAUGUUGGAUCAAAAGAGCCAUCUUCAGUUGAGGAUGCCCGUUCAAUGGUUGAUGAUGCAGAGACACUAUGUGAACCAGAGAGUUCAUCCAGCCAUACCUCAGACCCUGGUAAUAGACAUGCAGUUUGUAGAGACAAACAUACUAAAGGUGACAUAAGCAAUCAAUUCCAAAAUCCUAUUACAAAUUCCACUGACCACACUGAAGUAAGCAGAGAAGUGGCUGUAGAGGUAAAGACAAGAGAACCUCAAGGAACAUGUCAGAGGCAGGAGAAGUCUGACACAAGUUCCCAGUGCAUUUCUAGUAGCAGUAGGGAAGCACCCAAAUCAACAUUAAAACCUAAGAUCCUCCUUGUUGAAGAUAACAAGACCAUUGUAAUGGUGACACAGUCAAUGAUGAAGCAUUUAGGCCAUAGCAUAGAUAUUGUGAAUAAUGGAGUUGAAGCAGUGCGUGCAGUGCAACGUCAUACUUAUGAUCUCAUUCUGAUGGAUGUCUGCAUGCCAGUUAUGGAUGGCCUUAAAGCUACGAGAAUAAUUCGUUCCUUUGAGGAAACUGGCAAUUGGGAUGCUGCAGUGGCAGCUGGAAUUGAACAAGCUGUGCCUUCAGAUUCAUUACAAAAUGGUUUGGGUUCUAUGCCAUCUGCAAAGAGGAUGCCCAUCAUAGCGAUGACAGCAAAUGCAUUGGCAGAGAGUGCAGAUGAGUGUUUGGCAAAUGGUAUGGACUCAUUUGUGUCAAAGCCAGUAAAUUUACAAAGAUUGAAAGAAUGUCUCGAAAAAUAUUUACCAUGAUGUCUCCUGUAAAUUUAUGCUUGUGUAUAAAAAUGACAGCGUGCUAGGAAAGUUUUGUAAUCAAUAUAUCGUGUUCUUCUCAGCCAUUAGCAUCUCUUUAGAAGUUGUAUAGAUAUACGUAUUUUUCUUUCUUUGGUCUCCGUCCAAGAGCAUCUAACAUUGCCUUCUAAGGAUUGGAAUCAUCUGUGAAUUUUUAC